AUGUGUGGCCCGUUCAAGGGCUGUCAGGGCAUUUUACGCCUCUUGGAAAUAAUCUUCAGCGCUUUGUGUGCCAUCAUCGUCAUCUUCAGAGGCAGGAUGGUGAGUCCGUGGGGUGUCUGGUGUGAGUUCGUGUGGGUUUUCUGCAUCAUUGUGCCUCUGGUCCUGAGCGUGGUGGAGGACAGAAAGUGGCACAUCCUGCUGGCCCUCUUCCUGCCCAACUGGGCCGACCUGACGUGCGGGCUGACCGCCCUGUGUGCGCUGAUGAUCACCUCAGCUACGGUCAUCUUUGCGGCUGUUUUUGUUUGUCUCACCUGCAUCAGCAGCAUCCUGUGUUUCCUCGUCUCCAUUGUCGCCACCGUCUUCUUCCUGAUUGACGGUGCAAUGCAGAAGAAGUUGUUUCCAAUCGGCUACCUGUCCAGCCUGAGGGGGGGUCUCCGCACAACAGAGGCCUUUAUAGGGUGCAUCAUUCUCUCUGCUGCUGCUGAUCACUUUGUGACUGGUGAAUGGGCCUUUCGCCCACUUGGGAUGAUCAUCAGCAUCGUCUUGUUUGCUGUUUGCCUCCUGGCCACUGUGGUCAUCAUCGUCCUCCAUCUGCUCAAGCUGCUGCAGUGUCUGCUGGCGUUCAAGCUGAGUGUGAUGGAGCUGGUGUUUAACGUUGUGGCGGUGCUGUUGUACCUGCUCGCUGUCAUUCUUUGGUCUGUCUUUGGUUACAAACGCCACAAGUACAACCCUUACAUCUGUCAAAAGUGUUCCUACGUGGACGUGAACACUGUUAACGUCGCAGCCAUCGUCAAUAUCGUCUUUUACAUUGUGGACUUGGUUUUAUCUGUAAAAUCUCGCUAG